GCUCACUUCGAAUGCUGAAUUCUCCAAUAUCGUAAAAAAAGAAAAAGAUUUCCUUAUCAGAUAAUUCCCAAACCAUUUACACCCCAGCCAGCUGGCUGAAAUUGUAAAGAACCUCCUUUCAGCUUUUUCAAUUUGGCUUUUUUUUUUUUUCUUUCCCCGUUGAACACUCUUAUUCCAAUUCUAAAUGUGGCAAGAAGCAAAAGCAAAUGAUAAGAGGAUUAGAGAGCUCAUGGUAGAUCAUCGGAAAAGGGCCGAGAGAAGGCGUGCCUAUUAUGAGUCCAGACUCGGUGAUCCUCAGCAACUUAUUCGUGUUAUUGGUUCAUCUUCAAAAUUAUAUCCUGACGCUGAACAAUUCUAUUAUCAUGAAAAUACAGAUAACCUCAUGCCUUGGCCAGGAAAUCCUGAAAUAAAAAUUGACCGUUUUGAUGGUCGAUCACUCUUGGACUUUGUACCUGAAUCUGUUGAAACUUACAAGGUCUCCAGAACUGAAGAAGAAAUGUCAGAAGAGCUGAACUUCGAACGAUAUCAUGAUUUGAUAGAAGCUGAGCGAUUGAAAAUUACCGAGGCAGAGCGAUUAGCGACAGUCGAAGAAGAAUGGACAAAAUUGUUAGACCGGCAUCAAGCCAAGUUGGCUAUGUUGGAGAAAGAUCAAAAUAGAAAAAACAAAGCUUCUUUCGGCUUUGAUUAUGGCACUCGUAAAGUAUCAGCAGACGAAGAAAUCGAUGAUUUAGACGAUGAAAAAGAAUCACGGCUUUUAAAGGAGGUCAAUAUAUUGCAAUAUGUGGAUGAUCUUACUGAUAAAGACCGACAGAUUUUGAACGAAAUGUCCAGCAAGUAUGGUAUUCGCAGUUAUGCUCGAUUAUUGCGAGUUGCCAAGAAAGAUCAGGAUAGUGAGCUAAGAGCUCUACGAAGAAAAGAGAAGGAAAAGACAAAGACAGAUGAUGGACUGACGCGUGCUGAAAGGAAGAAAAGAAGACGCAGAAAGAGAAGAAGAAGAAGAAGAGAAACUCUUGGAAAGGAUGAGUAUGGUAGACAAAGACGACGCCAUAGUCCCAGCUAUAAUGCUUUUGAUGAUGACGAAGAUGAUGACAGCGAAUACACAGAUGAUAGUGAAACAUCAACAGAUGGUUCAACAACAGACAAUGGCAGUGAAGAUUCCGAUUUUCAAAUCGAAUUUGGAUCAAAUUCACCAGAAGACCAACAAAAGAAAGAGGACGACAAGGAAGAUACUACACAUGAUAGUCAAUACAAGAAAGGCAGUAGUAGUGGCAGUCAAUCAUUAUCCACUGAAAUAAAACUCACACCAAUGGAAAAAUUAAAGUUGAAAAUGAGAGCUGGUCUAGCAAAAACAAUCGAGUCUGACGAAAGAGACAGAAAGCAGAAAGAGAAGGAAACGGAGCUUGAACAAUUACAAGAAUUGGCCAGGAGCCAGGGUUUGCCUAUCAAUGCAUACCUUGAGCCUGAUCUUGCAUUAAGAGAUAACGCGAAAGAAGAAAUAGGCAGUAGCACUACAUAUAGAAAAGAAAGGUAUCGCUCACCUUCAACGUCCGCCGAUGAGAAGGAGCCUACUGUUUCUGCUAGUAGCAGCAUGAAAAAAAGAUAUCGCUCACCUUCAACCUCAGCUGAUGAGAAAGAUCACAAACUUCAUGCGGCCUCGGCUACAUUGAACAAACCUAGCAGUGGUAGAUAUCGCUUUCCUUCUACACCUCAUACUCGUUCUCGUUCUCGCUCUCCGUUAUACGCUUACAGUAAAAAUAGUGGUUAUAAAAGAAGAAAAUAUCGCUCACCAUCUGGGUCUCGUUCACGUUCACGUUCACGAUCGCGUAGUGAAAGGGAAAGACGAUACAAUCAACAACCCCAUGCUGUUACAACAAGGCGUAAUACCAAGCAUCUUUCUCCACCAGCCUCCUCUUCAACGUCUCGUCACCGAUAUAGGUCACCAACCACAUCGGAUGAAGAUGAGCAUCGUCGAUAUAGAAGCAUAGAAAGAAAGAGAAACUCUUAUCAUGGUAGCAGUAGUAGUCGUAGUAAGAGAUACAGUCGAAGCCGUAGUCGUGACCGUUCUAGACGAGAAGGAAAAACUCACAGAAGAUGAAAUGUUACGGCUGUUUCUUUUCAUUUCUUUUAACGGAGAGUGUUCAUUCUUGUUUCAAUUAAAAUUAGAAUUCCUUAAGAAAAACUUAUAUACGCUUCUUGUGUAUAAAAUAUUGAUAAAAACGAUCCAUGAAAUGAAAUUUCGGAAGAAUACUAAUACUUCUCAGUUGUAAACUCAUUAUAAUUGGUUUUAGAAUUCCUCUGCUUUUUGCACCAAGGAUUCCAGAAUUAAAUAAAUUGAUAAACUGAUGAGGCUCGGACUUGGACUGGGAAGGGAGUUUACUGAAAUGCUGGUACCAAGCGUUGAAAGAUAGAAAAAACAACCAAAAAACAACUAAGGAUAAAGAUUGGCACCUGCUUCAAGCGACUUAAAUUAUUGCCAUUACUUUCCCUUUUCAGAUAUAAUAAAACAAUUAGUUAUU